AUGGCCGCGUUAGAGCAUCUUCGAAAUGGCGCCCCGAGCGAACGAAUCGCCGCUGCCGCCUCCCUACGACACGCUAAUCUGUCUCAGCUCUUCAUCUUCAUCACCGAGGUCAUCAAGUCCAGCUUCAGCGUCGCCGACGACAAUGCUGUCUGCAACCUUAUAGACACCCUGAUGAUGAUAUGUAUGAGCACUAGUGUGCAAGAUGACCUCCGUGCAUGCAUCUCCGUCCUCAACGCCAUUGUUACCUUUGGUUCCCUUCCCUCGGAGCAUGCCUGGACGACGCUCUCCAUUCUUUGCAAAUCUCACAAUGGCCAGCUGACUGUGAGGAUUCUUCUCGACAUUCUCCGUACCGGCCCUGUCGACGGCGUCAAAGACAUGGAUCUGAACCGGGAAAUCCGCGGCGCCCUUUGCGUCAUACGUAAGCUGUUGUCCAAGAGUGCCGAAAAAGGAUAUCCCACCGUGCCCUUUGCGCUGCUUGUGGAUGGCUUAGCGACCACGGUCAAGGCAACAAGCUCGGUAAAGGCGCAGUACGAGAUCCUGAAGCUCAUCAACCUGCUUUUCGACGCUGGCAAUGGUACGCUACAUCCGGUGGCUGUCGAGGAAGACUGGACGGCUCUCCUCAACGUUGCUUCCGAAUGCUCAAAGAGCGCGACUAUACCUAUCCUCCAGGCUAACUUGCAAACCGGCCCUCGGGGCAUCCAAACCUCCCUCUCCUCCUCUUCCCUAUCAUCGACAAGUUCAAAGGAUGAGCCUGAGAAACCGGAAGAGUCAAACGGCAUCGAGAUUCUGCGGCUCAUCACCCAAUUAGAAGCUUUAAUGUUGCGUGGGAGCUCCGUUGUGUUCAUCCCUCGGCAAACCGUUGUCCGAUUUUUCAGCAGCGUGCACACCAUCCUUCCCGAUUCUGCUGCCAACGUCGUGCUUGACUACUUCCAAGAAUUCCGCUGCUGUUCUCCCUCUGAUACUGAGUGGGAAGAGAAUCUGAAACUCGUGGUCCAGGCCUUCUUCUCGAACCGCUCGCGCUCAUCUGCAACGCGUGUGCGGGCGCUGAACACUAUCACGGACGCCUACGAGAUCAUGGACCUCGUCCACGACGGCUCGCAUGACUUUAUCCCCGUCCUUGUGCGUACCAUACUUGCUGAUGUAGCGGAAGAAGAUGACAUGCAAGUCCUGGAGGCCGUCGUCAACCUAAUGGGCUCCAUCGCCGUAUCGUCGGAUAUGGAGCUAUUCAACUAUAUUAUCGAUGCCCUCAAGGGCGUCGUGCUAAGCGAGAAGAUAAAAUCCCCCAUCUCUCCCUCUUCUGCUCAAGCCCAGCCGCCCGUGACUCCUACGACCCCUGACCAGCCAGACCCGAAGCCGGGCAUGAGCACGGCUAACGUGGUCACACGCGGGUAUGCGAAGCUCUUCAUGCGUCUCAUGGACGCAGACGCCGCCAAAAGCGUGGAAAUAUUCAACCUCCUCGUCAACAUCGCCAAGGCCGCCCACUGCGAGGUAGAUGCGCGCCUGACUGCCAUGAAACUCCUUUUCCGCUUGCGAAGCGAUUGGGCCAACCGGGUGUUCCUUACAGUCCACCUAGAAACGGAUACGCUUGCUGCCGCGCUCUACAGGACCGAGGAGUCGCUGAAAGUGAAGCAAGAAAGCGCACCACAGCCAUCCAGGCUGUCGAGAGGCGAACUCGGGACCGGUACAAUCUCCCGCACUACGAGGGGUAAAUCAUUUAGCCAGCCUCAACCCCAUGAACGAGGAUAUCCAACCCGUUCCGCAAGCGGCGCGAAGCCACCAGGCCCCGGUCCGAAAUAUCAGCCCAUGUGGUGGCAUCCUGACGCCGACGCACUUCCAGAGGAAGCUUCGUCGUCGGUGAGCCCGGUGCUCGUAUCUUAUAUUGACGACGCUACGACGCAGGGUGAGAAUCAGGGCGCGCGCCAAACCCAGCUUGACUUUGCAUCCUGGCUAGACGCCUUGUUGCAGGUAACGCAGCAAGCCUGCGACUGGGAAAUCUACAGCUUCCUCAUCGUGCAUCUCCCCGCCCAGCUCAGCAACCACUCCGUCUUUCGAGGCGCGAUCAAGCAGGUGCAGGAAAUCAGGCGGGUGCUCUGCGACGUCAUUCGCGCCAACAGCUUCCAGGAACCCCCUCGCCAGCGGCCUACGACGCACCCACUCCAGGUUUUGCAACGAAUGGCCCAAAUCAUCACCCAGCCCCAGGUCGCCAUGCACGUUCUCGAGUUCCUCUCGGGCCUUUGCCGCAUGCCUCACCUAUACAGCAAUUUCAGGGAGGAUGAGUGGCGAAUCGUAUUCGGCAUCGCGUUCAGAUACCUACAGUACGUCAGAGACAAGAAGCAGUCGCACCGCAACAGCGUCGCCAACGGGGACGUCUCAGCGGCCACGCCCGGGUCCGACCCGGCCGCGGCAGCGGCAGCGCGCUCCUCAUCCGCGGACGACCUCCCGCAGUACGUGCAUGCUCUCGCGUACCACGUCAUCACCUACUGGUUCCUCGCGCUCAAGCUGCCCGAUCGUGCGUCCCAGGUCGGUUGGAUCGCGAAGAAUCUGUUCACCGAUAUAGAGGACCCACAAAGCGAGGAACAAGCAGUCAUCACCAUGGAUUUCAUGCGCAGGGUGGCGUACUCGGACGCGGACGACUCGGCAGAAGAUCCCCUGUUCACAACAGACAUGUUUGGCGAGAUUCUCAAAAAGUCUUGGGUCGUUGGUAACAGCAUCAUCACCAUAAAGCAGGCGACCGGCAGCGGAUGGGCCCAGGUCACUAAGCGGCAACCAUCGGGGAUACGCAAGGGAAGGCCCCUUUCGACGGCCGCGUACGGCCAGACGGGUAACCUCUACGUGCUGCCCAGUCAUCUUUUGGUGCAAAUGAUGUCGCCGGUUCCUCAGACGGUGGAGGCGUUCAAGCCCGUGCCGCUACCCGAUGACGAGGCGGUCCAGAGGGCAAUACGCCUCUUUGACAUGAUCUCCACCGUAGACGGCCACAAGAUUGGCUUCCUCAACGGCCUCGGCUUCCUCACCAAGCUCAAGGGCGCGACCUUCAACACGCAGGGGCUUGACAAGGAGCACGGCGUCGAUGGCGAGUACACUUUUGCCUGGCGCGACCGGGUGAGCGAGAUCGUGUUCCACGUGACGACGCAGAUGCCGACGAAUCUCGAGCGUGACCCCCAGUGCAUCUACAAGAAGCGCCACAUUGGCAACGACUACGUCAACAUCAUCUUCAACGACUCGGGUUUGCCCUUUGAGUUUAACACGUUCCCCAGCGAAUUCAAUUUUGUCAACAUCGUCAUCACGCCCGAGUCGCGCACCACGUUCCUCGCGCGGCGGGAGCGCAGCAAUGACUCGUCGACGGCCCACAGCCCCUUUUACCGCGUCAAGGUCAUGAGCAAGCCCGGCUUCCCCGCAUCUCUCCGGCCGGGGAGACCAAGAUGGCGGCACGCCGGGGUCGGGCCACUCGAAUGCCACGACGCCGGGCGAGCUUUCGCGGCCGGCGAGCACGGUCAGGGACAGCUUUGCGAGCUUCCGUCGGUCGUCGGUGGCCACCUUUUGACGAAUACGAGCGACCAGCCUUCCCACCGCUCCUCUGUGGCCUCGACUGGUACCUCGGAUACGGAGACGGUCGCCACGGUCUCGGGCGGGCUAGAGGCCGUUGUGGAGGCCGUAGAUUUUUCGAGAUGGGCCUAA